AUGACGGCGUCGAGGAGGAUAGGGAACAGCGUCAAGGAGGAUGAGAAUGGUGCCAGGGAGGAGGAUGGCAACAGCGGCAGGGAGGAGGAUGACGACGUUGAGGAGGAUGGGAAUGACACCGGGCAGGAGGACGGCAACGACGACGGGGAAGAGGACGACGAUGUCAAGGAGGACAUAGAUAGCGGGCACGGGCUCGUGGGCCUCCAGCGGCGUGGGCUCCUUGGUGUCGGGAGGCGUUUUGGUGGACGGCACAGGGAACGGAAAAUUUUUUUUAAGUGUCAAAGGGCACAGAGCGUCGAGCUAUUUUAUAGUGGAAGAGCAUUGUUAAAUGGGCUUCUAGGUCACAUUUGUCCUAAAUGUUCUAAGAAAGAUGACGGCACCACUUCAGAGGGCCACACCACUGCAUGCACAUGUUUGCAACGGUUCUUCGCACCAUCAAGUAGUGACUCUGCAGCUGUAGCAAGUGCCAAUGGUGGAAAUACUGCAGCGCUCAAUGCCCAGUCAGAAGAAAAUGGUUUCACUCCUAGCUCCCUCUUGGACGAUGCAGAGAAGACGGUUUCAGCUGCUGACCAUUCUAGGAAAUCGAGCGUGCACCGUAGACUGAAAAUCUGGAUCAGCAGUGGGCAUAAUGGCAUAAUCGGGAGACAUGGAAUUAAGCUGGAGCUAGGAGUUCCCAAUGUGGCUGUGCAGUUAUCAUCUGAACAUGUUGAUCCUGGAUGGCCAGAUUGGCUCAAGAGUGUGGCACCAGAGGCAGUACAAGGUUGGUCCCCUCGGCGAUCAGAUUCAUUUGAGAAAUUAGGCAAGGUAGGACAAGGAACUUAUAGCAAUGUGUACAAAGCCCGAGAUCUUGAAACCGGCAGGUUUGUUGCGCUAAAAAAGCUACGUUUUGUCAACAUGGAUCCUGAAAGUGUGCGCUUCAUGGCUAGAGAAAUUCGUAUUCUACGGAAACUCAAUCAUCCAAACAUCAUAAAGUUGGAAGGGAUCAUAGCAUCUUCUGUUUCACAAAGCCUGUAUCUUAUAUUUGAGUACAUGGAACACGACCUUGUUGGUCUUGCUGGAACUCCAGGCCUCAAGUUCACUGAGCCACAGGUCAAAUGCUUGUUGCAACAGUUACUUAGUGGCCUUGAUCAUUGCCACAGCAAUGGUGUCCUGCAUCGGGACAUGAAGUCUUCCAACAUCUUGAUUGAUAGCAGUGGUGUUCUGAAGAUUGCGGACUUUGGUCUAGCAACCACUUAUGAUCCUGACAAUCAGCAGCCACUGACAAGCCGUGUUGCAACAUUGUGGUACAGACCCCCUGAGCUUCUUCUCGGUGCCACAAAGUAUGGUCCUUCUGUGGACAUGUGGAGCACAGGGUGCAUUCUUGCAGAACUGCUUGCUGGCAAGCCAAUCUUGCCUGGAAGAACCGAGGUGGAGCAGAUUCACAGGAUUUUCAAGCUCUGCGGAUCACCUUGUGGUGAGUACUGGAAGAAAUUGGAAGUACCCCAAACAGGGUUGUUCAAGCCCGGCCGCCAGUACAGGGGGUGCAUUGCCGAGACUUUUAAGGAUUUCCCUCAUUCAGCUCUAGUUCUUCUAGAUAAUUUGCUUGCAUUAGAACCAGAAACUCGUGGAACAGCUUCCUCCACUCUCCAGAGUGAUUUUUUCAGAACGAAGCCACUUGCUUGCAGUCCCUCAAGCUUACCAAAGUGCCCAGCUAGCAAAGAGUACGAUGUCAGACUCCGAAGGGAGGAAGCUAGGAGGCAAAGAAAGGCGUCUCAGAGUGUAAGGGGAACUCAAUCUGUUGUGCAAAGAAAUGAUACUCCUACAAUAAGCCGUGCUGGUAAUGGCUCCAUCAAAACACAGAAACAUGAAGAUACCACACCAAAUAUCAACUCAGAGGAUGAGCCACGGACAUUGGCCACUGGGGUGCAAUCUCCUGGAUUUGACUCCACAUGGAACAGCAGAAGAGAUUCCAGUGACCAUCCGGAAGUACCUGGACGCAAAUACAAUUCUGUGAGAGUGGCAAAUUUCACUGCCAUAAGGACAAAGAGAUCAGAUGUGCUUCAACCUGAGUCGGCUGAUGCAAGGAAUGAAGUGCCUGCUUCUGACACGGGGGACCGGUGCAAGAUGGGGCCAAUGAUGAGCUACAGGGGCAAAAGCAGAAGAUUUCAAUACUCGGGCUCAAUGAUUACUGCAAAAGGGAACAUGGAGCAGAUGCUCAAGGAGCAUGAAAGGAACAUCCAAGAAGCGGUGCGCAAAGCGCGCCUCAACAAAAGCAGAGAGUUGUGAAAUAGAUGCUGAAGUUAAACUGUUGACGAUACCAACAUUUCCAUGUUCCGAAUCAUGCUGCUUGGAAAAUGAUAUCAACAUGUUUUCCUUAUUGCUGCUCGGUACAAAAGCUGCAGUUGCUAUUGCAAUUCAGUCUCAGAAUUUCCAUGGGCAAUUAGUUCUUCACCACCUUGGCUGGAUCCAUCACGAAAGCUGCGCUUUC